AUUGGUUGUGAUCGGUUCUGUAGAGGCGUUCACACGGACACAAGGACUUCGUCGGAACUUUGGUUCGACCUUGCUAAACUGGAAACAAUGAAUCGUCGAGAACUGCAGCAGUUGUGCAAGAAAUGUGGCGUAAGAGCAAACAGCAAGUCUACGACGCUUCUAAAUGACUUAAGACAAUUCCACAAUCACCAUCUUACGAAUUCAUCGUCAAUUCUUCACCACCCUUUCAUAGUUCAAGCUAAUUCUUCAUCACUUAUCCCAAAUAAAGAUAACAAAAAGCCGUUUCUUCCAAAUGGACUGAAGCUCGAUAAAACUCCUAGCCUGUUCAGUUCUGUUGAGUCGCCCGGUCAGUGGAUAAGUGGCGAGGUGGACAAGYUAAACAAGGCGGUUAAAUCAAAGGGAAUUAUCAGCAAAACUGUAGGAGAGUACAAAGGUAUUCAAGAUGAAGCCCAACAAGGUGACUUGCUCCUUGGUAAAGAAAUGUAUUUAGCAAAAAAGGCUAGUGUUUCUGCAAUCUUGAAUAGCACCUCAAACAGGCUUUUCAUGAUCAGCCAUUGGCAGAAGAAACAGAUAGAACAGAUGGGAAAAGAGAAAUUUACCGAGUACAAAACAAUGUUAGCAACAAGUGGCCGCAAAUUUCACUCAUGUGUGACUGACAUUCUGCAAGGUGAUGCAGAUGAAAGCGGACAUUUUCCAGACUUAGUUUCAGGCUUUAUCAAAAGUGUCUCCAAAACAGGAAUUUUAAAACUUCUCACCAAAGACAAAGUAUUAGCCACUGAGGAGCAUGUAACACACUCUUCUAUUGGCUACUCUGGCACAUUUGAUGGGCUAGCAAUUUACAAUGGAGUGCCAUGUGUAAUUGAGUGGAAAACAUCACAAAACCCAAGGCCAACACUAGAAAGCUGUUAUGAUGCCCCACUGCAGGUUGUAGCUUAUGCCGGGGCUAUCAAUUCUUACCCUGUAAUGAGGAUUCCAGUAACAAAUUGUAUGAUUGUUGUCGCACAUCACGACGGCUCAGCGGCAGAUGUUCAUUGGAUGGACUUGGAUACUUGUGAGAAAUUCUGGAAAAGCUGGUUAAUCAAGCUUUUAAACUACAAGGAAAAAACCGAAGGUGGUUUAAAUUAAUAACAUGGAAAUAACAAAAAUGUAACUUUUUCAUCUAGUGUUGUAAAAUGGGUGGACACCUACAUCAUUAUUAUUUAUUUUUCACGGAAGAAAAUAAAUUAUAUUAUUUUUUGGUACAUGACUGGUACACAUCACUCAAUGUCAAAAGUUUAAGCUUAGCCACUAUCAUUGAGCUUGCCAGGCUCUUCUAAGGGGAGAUGUAACCCUUCCUUUGGGAUAUUUAGAAGUUUCCAUGAAAUUAGAAAAUAUAUGAUAUUUAGGGGA